ACAGAGAAUCUGUACAGCAGAGGAGAUGAUGAACUAGUUGAAGGCGACAUGAAGUUUUUGCCAGAACAGUUAUCAAGAGGUUCAGUUUCUACGCGACUUUGGCCCAAAGGAGUGUUUGUGUAUGAUAUUGAAUCAUCAUUAGGUGGGUAAGGUGAACUGCAACAGGGAUAAUGCCAUGCUUUCGUAUUAACAUGAAAAUCCAUAAAAGAAAUGACAAGCUAAAUUAUUCCAAACUGUAGAAGAUUGCGUUCGACAAAGGAGACCGCAUACAAAUAUAGAACUAAUCACGAAGUUUCGUAAUAUAGCUAUACAGUAAAGAAAACUAAUAACACCAUUAAGAAUCCUCUUUUACAAUUUUUCAAGGGCCACUUACAGUCAAACCAGGUCAAGCGUUCCCGUCGCUAACGAACUAAUGAAUUCAUUCACGGAAAAAUGAUUUCGUUUGUUGAUUCAAUAAUCCAUUCAUAAAAUGAACAAUCCAAUGUUCAUAUUUAGCCUCGAUUCCAUAAUCGAAUGUUGAUUCGAUUACUGUUGUUUGAAAAACUACACUUUCCACAAGUUGACCCCAGAAUUUUGUUUUUUCCUCUUUUUUUUUCUGAGAGUCGAGUGCUGGCGAGUUCUGAAGUUCAAACCCAAACAAACUGUUACAUGUACGCCAGUUUGCUGCCAGUAAUCAGUGCAACAGACCUAGGCCUGACCUCUUAGAAAACACAACGGUCAAACUAAGGUCAGUGUAUGUGCGGUGAUUGGUGGAUUUCGAUCCUCGGCCUUUGUCAGUUUCUCAUAGUUUCUUUGUGUUUGCGGUCUGUCUAUUCUAGCUGUUAUUUUGAUUAAAGGCAAUGAAAAACGCAAUCGUAAACGGCAGGAAAAAGGAAGCAAAUACGAUUGAACACAACAGACAAGAAUAAAGAACAGGUAGAUUUUGUUCAUAAACCAAAUCAACAUUUGAUUAUUGAAUCGAGGUCCAAUUUGACUGUUGGAUUAUUCAUUUUAUGAAUGGAUUAUUGAAUCAACAAACGAAAUCAUUUUUCCAUUAAUGAAUUCAUUAGUUUGUUAGCGACGGGAACGCUUGACCUGGUUUGACUGUAGGACACUGAGACGUAGUUGCAGUUAGGCCAUUGCACUGUACAUGUAUUCACGGUGGUGCUCAUUGAUUACACUCAAUCAAAAGAAUUUUUUUAAUGCCAAAAUAACUGAGAGAAAAUCAAACGUUUUGGUGAUAGCCACAUCGGUACAUUUGAAUGCUACGCAGAAAAAAAAUUUUUUUUCAUUCAAUAGUACUCUUUUUUUUAUCAUUAAAUCUGUUUAUUCAAUGUUAACUCUUUUUAGAUGACCCUACGGCGAAAAGUCGGAUCGCAGCUGCGAUGAACGACUGGACCACCGAAACGAAAGGUUGUAUAACAUUCAAAAAAAGAACCAAUGAAGCCGCCUAUGUGUCCAUGUUCAGGGGGAGCGGGUAGGUUUACUCCAUUUACAAGUAACAAAACAGUGUUAUGACGCGCAUUUGCUUUCACAUCACUUCACUUACGUUUUCGAUAAAUUCAAUCGUCUUUCAAUUUCACACUGGAGUGUGGUCAUUUUUUCUGGCUGAAUCAUUAAUUUCAAUUAGAAAGUUUAUUUUCAACAGUUAUGGCAAAUAUGCUUUUCAUGCUGGUUACUCGAGGUAAGACGUCGUCUCCCUGUACCAUUAUUUUUCCUAUUUACUUGAAACGUAACGGUUUUUGUAAACAACUGCUUUCAAAUUUUUUUUGUCAUAAAUAAACGAUUUUUGGGCCAAAUUUUCUUGUUAGGAAAGUCUGAGUUCACGGAACGGCUUCUUCUACGCGUAUAAAAGGGAGUUGUAAACAAUCCAUCGAGCACAAAACUCAGCUACAGUAAAUGGAAAAACGCCGUUUUAAAUCCUUCCAAGUUUUUUCUUGCCUUAAGAAAGUCAACGCUAUGAUUUUGUCGACUUUCAAAAGAUCGUUCUCUAGAAAAGUGGGAUUAUAUUACAUUAUAUUUUAUAAAAUAAGUAAGAUAGUACGCACGCUCUGAUUGGCCGAGGGGCGUGUUUGCAUGAGAGUAUGUAAACAUGGUUGUGACGUCAAGAUGUUUUGCUUUUCGCGCGCUAAUCACGCAAGCACGAAUUUGAAAAAAAGCAUCUUUUUUGCAAAACAAGGACUGAUCUGGUAUCUACCGAGGCCUGUACCAUAAUGGGACCUUGGAUUGACCCCAUACCAUAUUUAUUAUGUUAGCGCGGCUUGCAUGUUGACCGAGAAAGCUACCUACCUGACCUGUCGAGAUCUAAACGCAUUAACCCAGUUGUACAAUUUUAAUUGGGUUUUUUUGUAUCAAACAGCUGUUGGUCGUAUGUUGGAAGAACUGGCCGUAAACAACAGUUAUCACUUGCUAGAGGCUGUUGGGGAAAAGGAACAAUUAUUCACGAAAUCGGUGAGAUUUAAGAAGCUUAUACGUUUUCUCCAUUCAAUAAUCAUAUGAAGUAGAUGAAGGUUAUCGUGACUUUAAUAUGAACCCCGGUAUGAACACAACCAGAACAACACAUAUAACAGUCAUUCCCUGAGAUGUUUAAUAUUUGAAUUUCGCAAGACUGGCUUGUCUUGUUCUGACUGAUCGACUGAUCGACACAGAUCUAAAAUGCGUUUUGAAUUUCUGUGCCUUUAGGGACUGGUCAAAAAGUAUAGGUGGGGGUGGGCCGGAGCAGAGAGGGGGUGGGUCAUGAGGUUUUGAGCCUUGUGCAAGGAGUGGGUCGUGCAAUUUUCAGCUACUCUUAGGGGGUGGGUCACCCUAUUUUUUACUAACUACUAACGAGACAGUUGACUACACUUGUUAUAUAAAACACAGCCAGCUGGAAUUAUUGCUAAAAUACUCACAAACCUGCUGUGCGAGAAAAUACAAAGGUUGACAGGCCACACAUCUAUACGGGUGUGAAACCCUCUGUUAACCUUUUUUUUUCGGCUCUAACGAGCAUGUUCUUUAACGAUUUUCCUUUUUUGUAAGGAAAUGAUUGGUGGUUCUUUAAAAAUUUAUUGAAGUUAUAGUUGGUUUUGUGUAAGAUUCCAUUUUUUCAUUCAAGCUUCCUUUAUAGUAGACACUGAGGGCUGGUAUUGGGUCACGAAUGGCAAUAUUUCUUUUUCCUCCUUGUUGUUUUGUUUUAGGAGUUUAGACUCCCUUUGGUGACUUUUAUUUCUGAUAGUAGGUUUUCUAUCAAAGAUAGGGGGCACACAACGAGAAUAUAGUUCAAAACCACUUAAACAUAGCAUUGUUAAACUUAUCUUAGUAUUUAAACAGUAGAUAUAGGCGUACUUUUAUCCCCAAAAAAUUUUUCAUCUGUUCGGAUCUCCUAGCUGAAAGUCUAGUGAUACGAAAAUUAUAGGGAUCAAAACUUACCUUUUCGAAAAUUUCAGCCAGAAAAAACGUUCCCAAAAAUUUCUUGGUGACCUUUUUAGGGUAAAAAUCCGUUAAAAAUGGGCAAUUAUACCAUUUUUUUUAGAUGUUCGAAAAUCCUAGGAGGGGCAGACAAGCAAGAAAUUUUACAACAAAUGUUCAGAAAAUUCUAGAUCUCAAAUCGUCUUUCAAACAGAUAUUUUCCGAAAAUUGACGUUGGGUGCCCCUGAAAGAUUGUGGGUACCCUCCGUCCAUCAAGCGUUUUUUUUUUUUUGAAUUUGAAUUAUUUUCCUCAAAGCUUGUUCUUGAGGAGUUUUUUCGUAGGAUUCUUAAGGCUUCUCCUUUGACAAAUUAUGUUUUAACAUUUGGAGGGUGACACAAGGUGAAAUUUGUGCGCAAGAAGCUUUCCGUUCGUUUAAAAUGUGUCUUUGCAUCAAGGAUAGAUUUUUCCUUGAAUCUUGUGCCUUUGUUUACAACCGUGUCUAAAAACGCAGUCUCAGUGUCAAAUGUUUUGGCCGUGAAUUCAAUAGUUGGGUGAUGUAAGCUUGCUUGUUCAAUGAAGGCUUCGAUGUCUGGUUUACUCAUGUCCCAUAGGGGAAAGGUAUCGUGUAUGUGGCAUUUCCAAACUGUUGUUCUAAAGACAGUUUUGCUUAGAAUUGUUGUUUCAAUAUAUGUCAUGAAAAUAUUGGCAAAGGAAUCAAAACUGCUGUCUUUGUGCCCAUUGCAGUUCCAUGGUUUUGUAAGUAGUGCUUUCCACUGAAGUGGAAGAAAUUUUCUUUGAGGAUUAAUCUAAGCAUUUCCGGCAAGUAAUAUGUAGAAAUGGGUUGUCUUUGUUGAAAUUUUCAUAUGCUUUGUGACAGAUAAUUUCAAUAUACCCUCGUUUUGCUGUAUAUUUGUGUCAACGGACUCAUAACGUCCAUUGAAACAAGAAAUGUUCGGUUUUUCACAUUCGUCUUUUCAGUGAAAGGUAUGAUUUCUGUGAUUUUGAUUUUGGUUGUAGCAGUGUAUCAACAAAUUUUGUCAAGCACAGAACAAGGUUUUAUUGGAUUAUUAAAAGGAAACUGAACGUCCAUGUUUUAACUAGGGGGUGGGUCAUGCAACUUCGAACCUUGCUUUAGGGGUGGGUAAGUCAUUUUUGUGCCGAAGGGAGGGGGUGGGUCAUGUGUUUUUUAUCAACCACAUUUCUAAAUGCUCCGGCCCAGCCCCCCCAUACUUUUUGACCAGUCCCUUACGAUGAUGCUGGAAAAGGAGAACAGUUCCAUCCUAGGUCUUGCAUCUUGCCAUAUUCUUUACUGAUUAUAGUUGCCUUCUUGCUGACAGGAAGAUUCUAAUUACUAAUUACAUUCUAAUCAUCUCUUCAGGCCAUGCCCUUGGAUUUCUUCACGAGCAAUCUCGACCUGACAGAGAUAACUACGUUGAAAUCAAGUUUGAGAACAUACAAUCCGGUAAGGUUUAUUGUCCCCUUAGGCUGCGUGCAAACGGAUGCAACAUUGUUGACCAACAACUCCCAACAUUAUUGGAUGUUACAUGUUGCGUCCGUUUGCAUACCCUGUUGCAUGUUGUUGGAUGUUGUUGCGCGUUGUUGCGCAAAGUUUGAAACCGCGGUCAAACUCUUAGCCCCGUGCAAAUGGACGCAACAUUGUUGGGAGUUGUUGCGCCCGUUUGCACGUAGCCUUACACUGUAACUGUUCUGCUUAUUUAUUGUAGUCCGAUUAAAAUUAAUAACAUGCUACACCAGCGCACUUUUUUGUCACAAACUCGACGCAACAUGCAUGGUCGAAAGUAACCGUUAGAGUGUAUACAGAUAAAGACAUGGGGCUUAAAGAUUCACUAAGAUUAAUAACAGUAAGGACCGUCAGGCAUUUUCUCCCCUGUUGCUACAGCUAGUUAACUAUCUCAGUCCCACUGGUCAACUUCAGUGAGGGCCUUGACAUUUUCGGUGUGCCUGUCGCGAAGGCUUCGUAUCUGUCACCAUAAGUCUGAUGAUAAUCAGUAUGAAGUUGAAGAAGUUGUAUUAGGUUCCUCUCAGGCAAUAGACCUUACUCACAAUGCCUUUCAUUUUCGCACGCGCUUUUAAAAAGACUGAUGGAUGGGACAAAAACGAUGUCACGUGGUUUUUAAGACGGCGAUCAAAUCAAGUAUCAGUCAAUGCAAGAAAUAGUGGUCGAGUUUGUUUAUCUGAGACAACAGAAAAUGAAGAACGUUUAAUCUCAACCCUAUUCAGACAGGGGGGCCCUCGCUAAAAAGUUGAAUAACUUCAAAACCGUUCAAGCUAAGACCACCCAUCUUAGCGACUACCUAAAAUUUAUCUGGGAACAUAUGAAGUCGUGGUGACGUGUACGAUAACAUUGAUGUUACCAUGGCAACCGAGUUUUGACAGCCAUGUUUUCAAAAUUUGCAUUUUCUCUAAAAAUAGGGUUUUUUCUAUUUUCACUGAUUGGAUUAUUAUAUUUAACUUAGUUUUAUUUUAUCAAAGCUAUUGUAACUGUUAAUGAAUUACAGGCUUUUUAGUGAAUUUAAUAUAACCAAAUGGCAGAUGCUGAGUUUAAUUUUCAAUUUUUUGCUUUGUUGUUGUUGUUCUUUCCCAAGCAUCCUUUUACACUCAGAUUAAGUUUUCUGUUAAAAAUACCUCGGUUUAUCAGUCGAGAGUUUUAAGUAAAAUGGACUAGAUUUAAAUGAUUCAAAAUCAGGCGGAUUCAAGAUGGCGGAUACUUCCAGUAAGUAAUAAAUGACGUCAUCAUGAUAUCACUGAUAUUAUUGAAGAUCAUUUAUUUUUUAGCCAACUUCCUUGAUUUAUUCAGAGACCAUACUAUUUAAUACGCAGUUUAUAACUACUUUGAGGGAAAUUUGAUAUCUGCCAAUAAAUUCAACAAUGACGUCAGAAUGACGUCAGAUUAUGUCAUCGUGUCAAUCAGGUUAUGCACAGAAGUUGGAAAUGAUGAUUACAUUAUUGUGUGUAAUUUUUGUGGCCGUAAGAUGAGCGGGGGAUAGAGGGGGCUCCCGAGACCUCCCGCCCCCCAGGGCCCAGGAUGCAUAAAAAAGGCCCGGUCUGAAUAGGGUUAAAGACGAUAAUGGCAAAUUAAGGCUGAAAGUGAUCAAUUAUGGUAAUUUUUAGCCCUUUAUAGCACGACGGUGACCAGAAAGCCCCCCGAAUAACUUCAAAACACGUUUUUCGGCAAAAUGUUAGGGGGCCAAUGGGUUUUAACCGAUCGUAAUCUUGGUUUGAUAAAAUAUAAUAUAUAGAUUUAGCCAGGGCUAAAAGCGAAGCUCAGUCCUAUAUAUUAACUCGAAUUUAUAAUUUAAAUCAAACAAUAAACUUGUUUCCCACAAUUCAGUUAACUUUAGAGCACAUUCAUGUGACUUUUGAGGGAAGGGUUAAGUGAUUUUAGAGAAAAGUAAUUUGCAAACAGUCCAAGCUAAGAGUGAACUUAAUCUUACAUCGAGUUGAUAGCCUUAUAUGUACACCCAAAAAAUGACAAUCAUCUUCCAUCACACAUUUAAGAGCGCGGGCUCUUGAUCACAGUAGAUUAGGCCUGGAAAACAAUUCUUGGAAAACAAAUCAGGCCGAAUUUUUUGCGUUCGACAAGUUUACUUUACAAAAUCUUGCCAACAAGUCUGGGGACGUAUAACCUAACCUUUUAAACUUUUUAUACAUCACGUCUGAGGUGAAACAGUACCAUGAGGCGCUGUUUUUAUCAUACAGACCUCGGACAGAAUGCAGUAUUUCACAAUUUUGCAAUACAAAUUGCACUCACUCAAUAUUCAGGACGAUCGAAGCACGUGUGGGCUUUUUAGCGAAACCGUUAAAAAAAUUUCCAAAAUCACCUAUACGGCUAGCCGGUUAUCACUUUUGACAAGCCCCAAAGUCGACUGUUUAAAUUAUAAUUAAUAGAGUUAUACGCUUCAACAUAAUAAAGAAUAUAUUAUGUUUAUUUUUUAUUUAAUGGUUUUAUAACGAUGUUUAAUCGUCAAAAGCGUUUGAUACGCGCGGCAUUUUGACUACUCCUGCAUGCAAGCGAUGUUCAUGAGCGACUGAAAACAAACGGCACAGCGAUAAAAAUUGCAAAAGAGAAUACUAACAAUCAAUAAAAGGAAAAUAAUUCGGUGAAACAUAUACAGAGACAACAAUUUUCAUUUACGAAGACAGGUAUUAAAGUGUCUCUGAAAAUCCUUGGGCGCGAUCCAUUCAACCAAAAUUCCAACCGGUCCGACCGGGAAAAGAGGACCACCUCAAAAGGUGGACCCGUUUUUCCGAAACUUUUCCGGUUGGACUGAACCGAUCCAUUGAGUUUUGGACCGAAAUUUCCGGAAAGUUUGGUUGAAUGGAUCGUGCCCCUUGUUUAUGUUUUUCAUUUUGUAAGCCGGCUUCCCAGUGUUUGCUUUUUCAAAGAUGAACUCGAGGCAAGAAAAUCGCUCAAAGCUUUCUUUUACAACCAGAAUUAUAACUAAAUAUUGUUUGGAACGUUUUCUUUCUAUUUGCGGUGAGAAAAUGUCUAAAGGCUUUUUAAAGUUCUAUAAGCUUACAAUCAAACCUGAUACUCGGUCAGAUCAUUGUCUCAAAUCUUACAAUUAAAAACGUGAAUAAACUAAAUAGCCGCAUAAACUACGCUCGACUUCAUUAAAUUAGAUAUAAAAAACAAACGUCAAAUACAAUAAUUACUCGGGCUUACCAUUCGAGAUGCACUGAAAACUAUCAAGUAAGGCCAGAAUCGCUUCAGACUUUUCAACCCUCUUACGCAUCCAGCAAGGUGAAAAACGAAAACGAUGCCAUCCGAAAUCGGAUUUCCGACGUUGACAAGCGAUGUAUUUCUCAACCAAAAAACCAGUAAACAAACUAGCCAUGAAUAACAGAAGACUCUUGAUAGCAGCUGAAUUUCAUUUUGUACAUUCAGCGGAAAAAGACAGUUAAAAACAUCACAAGUUGACACAAAACUAUGUCAGCUUCAGCAAAGUAAACAAGUCUCAAGAUGCUGCAUAAAUUUUCCGCAUGAACUCACCUGUCAAAUUUUGACCAAUCAGAGCAUAAAAAUUGUACGUGGAGCGUGACCAACGCGUGACCUUGGUGAGGAAAGUCAAAAGCAACUGGCAUGUCUUCCCUGCCUGUAAAAACUGGCUGAAUUUUAGCUUCCUAGGUCAGUUUAAAAUCAUUUUAAUUGUGCGGCACAUACAAAACACAACAUAUUUCAUAUGAAUUAAAAAAAAUAAACUUGAGCCUGCGAUCAUUUGAAAACAAGUUACUUGUCAGCGGAUAACUUCAAAAAGAUAUCGACCUCGAUGGGUCGACACCUGAGCCCGCGAUACGGUCAGGUGAUCCUGGUCAGCGGAUACCCUGUCUUGACAGCUGUCAAUUGAUCACAACAUUGAUGUGCAAUAUAUGUGUGCAAUAUCAGUCUUCCUGUGCUCCCAAACUGGCUAGAAAGUGUGAGGAUUAAACACUGGUUUCCCUGUGGUGCGGACGGACGGACGGGCGGGCGGGCGGUGUACGGUCACGUGAUUACCAAAUUUUCUGGGAUGGGUAGAUUUACUUACCCAUGGUGCUCCGAAGGCGCGCUUCGCGCGCCAGAGCUCCGCUACAAAUUCGAUCGCGAUUACUCGUAUUGGCAAAUUUUAUUACUUGCUUGCCCAAUGACAUACCGCGUGAUAUUACUUUUAUCCCAUCGAUCCUAAAGCGCGUGCAAAAAUGGCGGGUAUCGUAAAUAAGGUCUAUUGGAUAAUUGAACGGUCACGUGUCCACGUCACCAACCAGUUAUCUGGUUAUGAGGUUAAGUUACAGUGAGUGUUCUGAUAGCCGAUUUUUACUCACAAAUUAUGUUCUCGGGAUAGCAUUUGGAAAAGUUCUUUUCCUGGCAGUUCGUAUCACAAUUGAGAUCACCAAAGGUUCGAAAGAAUUCAAUGCCUUCAUUGAACUGUUUGCAAGUUGAAUUUUAAUUCAACUGCCUUUUUCACAAUACUCCAGAACUCAAUAUACACACACGCUGAGCUAACAACCAGUUGUUAACUUUCUAAACGAGAUGCUCAAACCAGAAAUAACAAAACUUUUCGGUUAUACCUUACUUAUUAAUAGGAAAAGAAGGAAACUUCAGGAAAUCAAGCAGCGUGAACUCUUUGGGGACACCAUACGAUUAUGGAUCCAUCAUGCACUAUGGAGCGAGGUAUUUCUCUAAGAAUGGCCAGCCUACAAUUGUUCCCAAGAAGGCAGGGGUUAGUAUUCAGUAAUGGAUGGUUUACCGUGUGUGAUUCUUCUUUUUUCGUUUUCAAAUAACUGAUAUUGUUAUCAAAUAUCACUAGGUUACCAUUGGAAAUAGGAAAGCUCUCAGUUCCAUUGACAGUCGCCAAAUGAUGUUGCUGUACAAGUGCCCUGUAACAUCAAGUAAGUACAAACUGUACCCUACCUUCCGUACUAAGCCUUUUGCUAACACCACUUUCAUGUUUGAUCCUGGAUGAGUGGCUUAUCGAAAAUGUAAACAGACAAACUGAGGCGUUUCAAGACUCCAGACUUAAGGGACCUUCAAAUCCUACGACGGCGUCGGGAACGAGAACAUCAAAACGACACUGCACGACUACGACGUAAAAAUGCCCAGUUUCACGUUUUACGGUGUACGUAAACAAUCAAAGACGAAAUUUUCUUUCUCUCUCUGAAAUUGGAUAAGACUCUUAGGGAUUCAACUCAAUUGAGAGUUCCUGUACGUUUUAUGAAGUAAGUGAUUUGGAAUAAUCGCGAUGAAGAUUGAAAAUCCUCGAAUUCACUUUUUAAGCGACGUUUUCGCUGCCGUCGCCGUCCUCUGGCUAAUUACCUAUGGUUUUUUCCCUAAAUAGUUCUUUUUGGUUACGCUAAAACGUCGAUUAACGGCAAGAACACACCUCAGGCUUCAAAUAUCAGUUUUAAACAAAUGCUAAACAAUUAUUGGAUGAGGUUUCUGUGAUCAUACCGAAUAAUCAAGGUGGAGGCAGGUGUUCGGCCUCGGCUAACACUUACCGAGACCUUUAUUAUUCCGGAGGAUCACAAAAACCGAAUCUAAUGAUUGUUUUAUAAUCAUACAUUGUUUUUAGGGGAAAAAAACGACAAACACACCAUCGCACGGAACACGGUUUGACGUUGCUAAUGGAAAUAAUGCAUCGCGCGCGCAGCUUAAAGAAUAGUGAUCACUUAUUUGCUAGCAGAUAACUAACUAAUCUGUAGGUUGCUCUGAUUUCCAGAAAUAACUGAAGGCUCUUAACCAAUGAGAGCAUAGAUAGCGAGUACAAUGCAUAUGUAUGGUAAAUUAAAUGAAUAUGCUCUCAUUUUUCAACAGCUGCCGCUCCUCCAACAACACGUCCUCCACCAACACGUCCUCCAACAACGUUGCCUACGGGAUGUGAGUAUUCCAAUAUUACUCUUUGUCGUUUUAUAUGGUAUUUUAUUGCUUACUUUAGAUCGUGUUCAGGAAUUCCUAAUUAAGAUCUCACAUGAUACUGAGCUUGUUCCAUUCCAUGUCUGCUGGAUGCUUUUUUUAUUUCCAAAGAGACAAAUGAAGUUACGUGAUUUUGUAAGAGGCAAUAACCAAAUAGAGAGGUGAAGCAUCACGUUUACGUCAAACAGUAAACGCAAAUUUGUACCACGUGACCAAGUUUCUCCUUUACUUGUCGUUUACUGUUCAUUAGUUCUACUCAUUAAUUAGCAGUUUCAAGCAAUUUUUUAUCCAUAAGAAUUGUUUUGAGCUGUUUUUUAUCUGCUCAUUUUCCAUUUUGAGAAACUCUCAACUUGAAUCUGACGUUUGCCGUUUGCCGUAUAUGUGAAGCUUAAACUCUCUAAUAACUGAUUCGGUCGAAAAUAAAAGGCACUAACGAAAAGUGAAAGUUGAAAGGGGCAAAGUCUUUGGUGGGAAAAGGCAUUGAUAGAUUGUGCUAGCAUAUUUUCUGGCACAGUUAUAAUUUUAACGCAUUUCCCGUAAAAUGCACUGCUGACAUAAUUUGCACCUUUGGCACGGUUUUGCAGCAUCAAAUUGUCAUUAUUGACCAUGCAACCAAGUUUUGUGACGCGAAAUAAGUCUUACGGGCAAAUUUAAGUAACAAAAUCAAUAUUUUGUCUGUUUAUUGUCGCAUUCACGGGACCUGGGUCCCACAGGAAGUGAUCGACGACCUUUCCACAGGAGUCAACGCAAGCGCAUUACUGAAAUAGCUCGGUUACCCAAGAUGGCGUGCGUGCGCUGGUUUUUGUUUGAAUUUCAGAGAAUGGAUUUCUAGAUGAAAGUAGGUUAAAUGUGUGUACCAUUUACAUGUUUUUUGCAUAGUUAUUUACUGGCUAUGGGUCUAAUUUCUGCAUAUUUUGCUAAAAUGAGCAUAAUUUACAAAAACUUGAAUAACUAGUUAUUGGCAUAUUUUUAGGAACGUGAUAUAUACGAGCACUGCUAGUAGCAUAUUAUGCCCAUUUUUUUUUCAAGCACAAUCUAUCAAAGUCUAGGCGUGAAACGAAUUCCAGUGUUAAUUGACAUUUGCUGUAACUACGACUAGUUAAGGAGACCAAAAACAAAAUUGAUGGACAAUGUUAAUUAGGAUUAGAUGAACAUAAUGGGCGUGCUUAAUUGGAGCAAGCUCGUUUGAGAUGGAUGGGGACCUGGAGAGAAGAUCUACGAAACCGGCCAGCUUUGAAUGAAGAGGAAUACUUUGUGUAGAAGAUGAUGAAUAUUUGGGUAGAAAUACUACAAUUCCUGCUUUUUUUACCUAAUUUUAAACCUUUUGCAAGACUUAAAUCGAAAAUUUGAGAGUUUUUUCAAGUUUCUAAGGCUUUGCAGUAUACUUGUAUAUUUGAGUAUACAUCAAAUGGUCGCUGUGUCAGCAUGAUUUCCUUAGUUAGCGUGAAACGGCUUUUAACAAUCUUAUCACAAGGCAUUUUGAUGUAAUCACGAUCAGUCAUUACCGUUUACUUAAUGACAGCAAUGCAAAAAGUUAAAAGAGAAGCUAAAAAGGAAUAGGAGAAGUAUCAAAAAAGGUUAUUCUGUAAAAUGCAAGCCGCGUGUAGAAUAAAAUCGUCAACUUUCCACUGUUGCGUGCUUCCCUUUUUUUCAGCUUUUAAAUGUAAUUUUGAAGCAAGUUUCUGCGGCUUCAAUCAAGCGAAGGACGAUAAAUUUGACUGGACCAGAAGAACAGGAAGAACACCGUCCGGCAAUACUGGACCAAGUGGUGCACAAGAAGGAAGUAAUGCGAAAACAGAUACUUUUUGUACUGAUUUUCGACCACAUAUAAUAAUUUAUAUAUACUAAUGACGAAGAACUAUAUGAAAUUAUAUCAAUUCCCCGAAAAGAUUCAACCGUUUCAAUUUUAUUUCUAAUAAAUAAUACCAGCUAGGAAGCCGUUUUAUUUGUAAUCUCUAGUUUUUCUAUCUGCCUCAUAUUGUUUUCCUUUUUUUGCCGAGUUACCAUAUUAGUAGACGGCUGAUUUUGAGUUUUUCGCAGUAGUGAUGUAAAAACUAAGCAAUUUCAAAAUGGUUUAGAUUUUAAAAAGGUCUAUGUGUACCAUAACUCGAACGAAAGAGGAAGCCAAAUAAUACUGAUAUUGGUGGUCAAUUUAAGUGAUCUGAUCAAUGUUAGAUCCGAUUUGGCAUUAUAUUACUAACUGGUUUCGUACCGCACAACAUGUGCGGCACUGCUCAGAUAAAAUUGGUUGUUAUAUAGUUUUCAUUCAACCAGCGUUCGUAUUAUUUUCCUGUUCGAAUGGUGAAUAUAGAACCUUUUAUUGGCAGCUCUUUAAUAGCCAUUUUGACCUUAUGCAAAAAUUACUGGAAACUACUGUAAAAAAAACGCUAGAAUAUAAAAGUAGUAUUGGGAGGAGUCAAUUUGAGGUGAACGGCCCAGAAGGCUAUCAAUUCUAUGAGUAGUGGUGUUAUAUGAGUUUUAUAUAUAAGGAGAGAGGGUUGCCCUCUCUUGGUUUAAUGAGAUCUCAAACGGCCACAAAUUCUCUCUGUUCGAAGUAAAAAGAACCUUAAAAAUUGGCAAACCCACUAAAAUAAUUUCAUUUAUACCGCUUUUUAUUUAUAUUGCUUAAAAGUGCUGUUAAUCCAUAUCUUGCACAUUUUCUGCAGAGUAUUAUGCCUACAUCGAGACAUCAAGUCCAAGGAAACUUGGUGACAACGCCAAAAUUUCCCGGAUGGUUACCCUGUCAGGGAAGUCUUGUCUGAGGUUCUACUAUCACAUGUAUGGAUCCGGAAUGGGCACUUUGAGAGUUAAACUAUGCGAUGCUGUGAUUUUUGAGAAAACGGGAGAUCAGGGAAACCAGUGGAAAAUGCAAACAAUUCGUCGACUUCAAGGAUCGGGUUCUAAGGAGGUA